UGUUUGACAAGAGGAUCUCCCAGGAGGUUGCUGGAGAUGCUUUGGGCGAGGAAUUCAAGGGCUACGUUUUCAAGAUCAUGGGAGGUUGCGACAAGCAAGAGUUUCCAAUGAAGCAGGGUGUUCUAACUCCUGGCCGUGUACGUCUUUUGCUGCAUAGAGGUACCCCAUGUUUCCGUGGAUAUGGAAGACGUAAUGGUGAACGCAGAAGGAAGUCUGCUCGUGGAUGCAUUGUCAGCCAAGACCUGUCUGUUUUAAACUUGGUUAUAGUGAAGAAGGGAGAAAAUGAUUUGCCCGGGCUUACUGACACUGAAAAACCGAGGAUGAGAGGUCCAAAGAGAGCAUCCAAGAUCAGAAAGCUGUUUAACCUUUCUAAGGAAGAUGAUGUCCGGAUGUAUGUCAACACUUACAGGAGGACUUUCACCACAAAAUAUGGUAAAAAGGUCAGUAAAGCUCUAAAAAUCCAGCGGCUGGUGACUCCAUUGACACUUCAGAGGAAGCCAACUAGAAUUGCAGAUAAGAAGAAGAGAAUCGCCAAGGAAAAAUCAGAGGUAGCUGAGUACCAGAAACUGGUUGCCACGAGGCUGAAGGAGCAGCGAGAGCGCCAUAGUGAGAGUUUAGCCAGGAGGAGGUCCAAGCUCUCUGCUGCUUCUAAGCUUUCUGUUGUUGCUUAUAUUGCCUUCGAAGUUUCAGUGAACAAUGGAAAUGGUUAG